AUUAAUUCAAGAAUCAACUUUCAACUUUUGCUGAUGAAAUAAUGUUGAGUUUCUUAUCUUGUUCCCAAUUCUUACUGUAAAAACAACUAAACAACUUGAUAAAUCCCCAGGACCCAUUAGCGCAGCUUUAAAUUGUUGGAAUAUCAUAAUUUCAUUUGUAUGCAAGAUAAUGAACCAGAAUAUAUGAGGUGAAUCAUUAAAGACAAAAAGAUCGUUGUGAGCUUCAAGCUCUUAUUGCCAGAAAGCGAACAUAAUCUCGAUGGUUGUUAAGUUAAUUGGUUUCAAUUCGCAGCCUAUUUGUGGUUCGUUAAUUCUUCAUUCUUACAUCACCAGAUGAAAUGGAUACAUAAUUUUGUUGGAUCUAAAGAAGCCCAAAAUGAUGAUCAUAUUGGAAUGGCUAAUAGUGGAAAGCGGAUGGUGAAUUGAGAUCGAUGUACUUUUUAAUAGAAAGCUGAUUGAACUUGAAAAUGAGGAUCAGGGUUACCGGACUCUUAAUAUCUUCCUAAUGAGAGAUUAUCUUCUUAUAUCAUCUGACUUUAAACAACUGAGUCAACUAUCCUGGUGACAAGUUCAACAUAUGAUAAUACAUAAUGAAGUUUCAUUCACGUUCCAGAAGGACCGGUCCUCUUCAUCAAGAUUAAUUCAAUUAGAUCGUUCACAUCGUUCCUGAUCAUCUUUCGCCCUUAUAAAGCUGAGAAAAAAAAGAGAAAUAUUUUCUCUCUUUGACUUUUAUUUUCUCAAAUGACUAUUUGCUCUGCAUUUAUUAGCAAUAACCUGUUGGUCAUCUGUGUGAUUAUUGUAAUGAAAAAGGAAAGAUCACACAAAGUGGAAUCAACAAAAUCAAUCUAAUCAUCAGAAAAUUGCAAUUAAAAUCACAUUGGUUUGGAAAAUGUUGUGGAACCAACUUUGACUUCAUUCAAUGGUACAUUCAACCCAGGGUGAUCGUAUCAUCAUCAUCACCACCAGGUUUCUUCUUUGCUCUUCUUUCAACUUCUUCAUCAUCAUCUUGAUGAUUAAAGAGAUAUUGAUGAAGUUGAUGGUGAUUCUGGUGCUGAUGUUGAUCAUCAACAGGAGCAAUUAUUGAUAGAAGGAGAGUUUACAAGGAAUAAACCGGAUAAGGUGUGAUUUAGAUUUUUGGUUGCGUAAAGAACAAAAAUUUCAGUCAAGUUUGUAUUUUGAUGAAAAUUGUUAAUAAUGAGCGUCAAAUCAAAUCAACAUACAUGUAUUUACAAUUUACAGUGAUCAAUCUUGAAAUGAAAUUGGUUGACCACCCUUUACUCUGCCAUAAUCUUUUUUUAUCAUAAACCUUUUUGUUGGUCAAUUGUCUGUUCAGUUAUAAUCGACUGACUCACUUGGAGAGACAAAAUUGUUUCUUAUUUUUUGUUAUUUUUCUGGAUCAAAUUGGAUUAAAUUGCUCGAUUUUACUUUCAAAGGGAAAUCAAUCAAUUGUUGAGUUGUCAGAAUGGAUCCUGGACAUAAAUUAUCAUCCAUCAUAUGGUUUAUAUUUAUUGUUUCAAGUUAUUGUCUAGAAGAAAGUAACAUCAAUAGGACUUUUAUAACAACUACUCAAUCAUCAAGUAAUACAAUUAACGACGACAUAACAACAAUUAUCUCAACAUCUUCACCUUCACCUUCUUCCAGUUCUUCACCCUCCUCCUCACCACCCACGACAACAUCAACUUCAUCCUCAUCCACAUCAACUCCUAGCCCAACAACUAUCUCAUCUCUACCAUCAACUCAAUCAUCUGAACCUCGAGCUCAACAAGCGUGCGGAUAUAACCGUUAUCGGAAUGAUAGUCCAUUGACUGAACGCAUUGUUGGUGGUAACAAUUCAAUUAUUGGUGAAUGGCCAUGGCAAGUCUCUCUCCGUUUGAUUCACCCACAAGUGGGCAAAAUUGGACAUUGGUGUGGUGGAGUUUUGAUUGACCGUCAAUGGGUAAUGACAGCUGCUCAUUGCAUGUUAAACCCAGUCUUUGCCUUGCCUCAACCAAUAUUUUGGGAAGUUCGUGUUGGUGAACACAAUAUGAAAUUAACUGAGACCCAUGAGAAAACUUAUUCAGUAACAAAGCUUUUCCAUUAUCCAUGGUACCGUGGUUAUGAUAAUGAUAUUGCUCUUAUGAAAUUAAGUGAACCAGUUGAAACAAAUGAUCAUGUUUCACCAAUCUGUUUACCUGAUGAUCCUCAUUUUGAUUUCUUUGAUGUUGAAUGUGUUGCCACAGGAUGGGGAAAAGUUGAUUACAACAAAAGAGCAGCUGAUGUCUUACAAAAAGUUGAAAUAAAAGUGUUUGACAAUGAGGAAUGUCAGAAAGCAUAUUUCCCCAAAUUCAAGAUCUCAAUCAGACAUUGGCAUCUUUGUGCUGGAACUAAAGAAGGUGGAAAAGGAACUUGUCAUGGUGAUUCUGGAGGACCACUUCAAUGUAAAGUUGGCAACCAAUGGCAUCUUGCUGGAAUAACAUCAUUUGGUUCUGGUUGUGCUAAACCAGGUUUCCCUGAUGUUUAUACUCGAGUUACUCAUUUUCUUGAGUGGAUCAAUCAAAUCAAGAGUCUUUAUUAACCAACCAAAAUAAUUACCUCCUUUUGUAUUUGAUUUUAAUCCUCUCACUGAUCUUAAUUUAAUAUUUAUCGAACCCUUUUGUGAUCUAUUUUAAUUUCUUUACCUCUUUGUGCUUUCUUCAUAAAUAUUCAUUAAUAAAACUCACGAAACAUUGG